UUGGAGGCGGGCAGGAAGACUGCAAAUCAAACAAUCCCCUGUCUAAACCCUUGUCCGACUUUUGAAACGUUAUCUAUCCCUCUCUUUCCAAUGAAACUAACUGCCUGCCUUUGAGUUAUCAUUGCAAACCUUCGACCCACUGCUCAAUAUUCUACCCUCCUCCUCCUCCUCCUCCUCCUCCUCCUCCUUGUUCGAGAAGCAGCUGAGCUGAGGUCUGCUGAACUUAUUUCCCACUCACCCGGUAGCUCAGAAACACUUCAUGCGGAUAUAAUCCCGCAAUGGCGUCAGCGUCAGCGAAUUGUUUAUGUGAAGUAACGGCAUUGAGAAGUGCAGUAAAUGCUGACGGCGUUUUCUGCAUGAAACCAACUUCCAAUUGCUUGCAGCAGACAUCAUUUUUGGGUUCGUUCCGAGUCCAGACCCUGCGUGCUGGAAUGCGUUCAAUAAGACGAGCUCCUCUACAGCCUCGUGUGAAGUGUGAGAAAGAUGAUGAUUCAAUUGAACAUGUAUCAGUAGAGCGCCCACCUUACUAUAGUUACUUAGACUCCACAUCCGGUCAGCUUGAACCUGCCUCGGGGGCACGUGCUAGCAUUCCUGGAGAGGAGUAUUGGCCUGAAGGGACAGCCAGUCGGGUCAGGGCUGCCAAAGCUCCUGAGCCCACUGGUAAUUCUCUGGGGUCUCCAUCCUUCGGAAAGAAUCCAGGAAGCAGGAGAAAGAAAUAUGGAACAUCUGUUGCAACCUCUGGAUCCCUGGAAGUUGGUUCAGAAUCAAGUAGUAGCGAUAUGGAGCAACCAGAGUUGGGUGUGGAUUCAAAUGGUUCGCUGGAAGAGCUUGAAAUUGCUGAGGAUGCCAUGGAAGAGCCAAAGGAUGUCUUGGCUGAGUAUGUUGUUUAUCAGACGGAACCUGAGGUGGAACAAGAGAUGGGAUAUGAGUUGGACAAGAAGCUUGGACGCCCCCACCCCUUUGUGGACCCCAAGGUGAAGAAGCCCAUAGAGGAGCCACUUACAAGCGAGGAGUUAUGGUGGAACUGGAGGAAGCCUGAUAAAGAACAAUGGUCUAGAUGGCAAAGGAGGAGACCUGAUUCUGAAACAGUUUUUCUAAAAGCCAUGGCAGAGACAGGGCAAGUGAAGCUCUAUGGUGAUCAUCCAACGCUAACAGAAACAUCUCUAUAUAGAGCCAGACGACAUAUCUUCAAGGAAGAAAGGCUCCAAGCAGAGCAGGAAAGGCUGGAGAGGAUUGGUCCGAUGGCAUAUUACUCAGAAUGGGUAAAAGCAUGGAAGAGAGAUACUUCUCGUGAGGCCGUUCAGAAGCAUUUUGAAGAGACCGGGGAAAACGAAAACACCCAACUUGUAGAAAUGUUUCAGCACCAAACAGAUAGAGAGUAUCGAAUUAUGAUGGGAACUGAUAUCCGAAUUCGUAGAGAUCCUCUGGCUAUGCGGAUGCGAGAGGAUCAAAUAAAGCAAAUCUGGGGUGGGGAUCCGGUUUAUCCAACUGUUAAUUACAUUCAAGAUCCAAAUGAGAUCAUUGAUUACAGAGGCCCGGACUUUCAUGAACCGACGCCUGAUAUUCUAUCUUAUCUGAAAGAGCACGGGAAGAUCAUAUCGAGGGAUGAGCUUGAAAAGAUUCUGGCAAAAGAGAAGACCGAGGAACUUGAGAUAACAGACAUGGAUGAAGCAAUGGCUCAAGCUGUUGAUAUUGGAGAAAAUGAUGAUGGAGGAGAAGAAAGUGAUGAGUCUGAAGUUGAAGAGGAGGAAGAGAAGAUUACUCGCAAUUGGAGUGUCCUGAAAAGCACUCCUGAGCUCCGCAAGUCGAAAGGUAAGCCGAAGAAGGAGGAUCCCAUGUCACUAGAAGAGGCUGUAGGUGAUUCGGAGAACCUUACGGAUUUUCUUAUGGACUUUGAAGAAGAAGAAUGAUCAGUCGCGUCCCUCUCAGAGAUUAAAAACCAGGAGAGGACCAAUCAAUGUACACCGCAAUGAUGUAUCAUAAUAGUCAGUCCUAGCACUAGCGGAGGGAUAUUCUUCUGGAGAAUCAGAGGUGGUUAUUAGUGUAGUGAAACUGCAGUGUGUAACCUUUGCGUAAUGCCAAUAAAUCAUUAACUUCAGCAACACUGGCAGUUUUCAUGAGAAAUAUAAUUAACAGCGGCUCCUUAUCUCUACAA